CGCCCGUGUUCCAUCUGCUUCUGUUAUCGUUAGAUUGAAGAGACACUGUUUUCUUUCCGUCGCUCACCUGUGUUCCAUCUGCUUCUAUUAUCAUCGGAUCGAAUAGACAUUGUGAUUUCUUCUUCGGCUCCUAACUAUCACAUAGGUUGUCCAUCCGCGCCCUAACUAUCGCCCUAACCUCAUGGAGCUUCUCCCAUCAUUUCCGUCUUGUCGUGCCCUCCAGGUUUGAAGCCAAAGAUUUGCACUGGAGUGGUUAGGGACUUUCGGAGCUGUGACCAUGUCUUCCCUGAGUAUGGAACUGGUUCUCUUAAUCCUAAAAUUCUUGGAUGAGGAGAAAUUCAAAGAGACAGUCCAUAAGCACGCGCGCGGCGGUUUCCAUGGCAGCACAGCGAGCAUAAUUUUCAAACACUCUUAAUCCUUUUUUUGAUUUUUUUCAUAUGUUUAACUCCUAUUUUGAGCAACUUUCUAUAAAACUUUAGGUUAUAUGUAGGGGUAAGAUUGGGGUUGAUGGGGGCAAACAUACAUAACUAAGGAUUUAUAUGUUAUACGUAGUACAAAAUAUAUUGGGCAUUAUCUCUAUCGCGCAUCGCGCGCUACAAAAACUAGUAUAUAAAUAAAAAUCAAUUAGUGGCAUCUGGGGUAGCACAUGGGCUUAAAAGUGAGCAGAUGGGCUUCAAAAACGGUUACUCAGUAUGGGUAGAUCGGACCGGGUCUAGAUGUACCUAGAAUCGGUAGGUUCUCGAGAUCAGAUUGCCCGGCUUAAUUAGGAGACCAGCCUAGGGGAUCAUGAUUAUCGGUUUGGGUCUGCAAUUAUUUGGACCGGAAGCAGCCGGUCUGAUCCUUUUUUUUUUUUGCAUUUCAAGCAUUAGAAGAAGAAAUUCAUUUAAAAGCUAAAAAAACGAUAAGGAGGGGGUCGAGGUUUUUUCUUGUGGAAGAACUGAAGAAGAGGGUUUAAAUUGAUAUCACAACAUUAGUAUUCAAUUAGGGAGUUAAACGAUAAAAGGACCACACACAACUGACAUCCCUCGAACUAGACUUAGAGUCAAACAUCUCCAAAAAAAGCAAUAUAACUCGUUGAUUCUAUAAUAGACAUAAAUGAGCCAACGACGGUUAAAGCAUGUCUUACAUCACCCAAUCCCAAUGCAAGAGUCGUACAAUAAUAAAAGUAAUCAACAGAAAAAUAAGUAGUCUGGUCAUGAAAAAUAAAUCACAAACAAAACAAUUACUACCUCCGUCCCUAAAUGUUCUUCCAAAAUAAAGUGGCACACUGAUUAAGAAAGUGAGAAUUGUGUGGUGGAGAGUUGUGCAGAGGAAAGAGAAAUGUUGUGAACCACAAAUUCUUUGCCAAAAGGGAAAGUGAAGUUCUUUUUGGGACGAACAAAAAGAGAAAGUUGGAAGUUCUUUUAGGGACGGAGGGAGUAAUAAAUUAAAAAGAUGCUUCCAAAUCCUAGACUCUCCUGUAGUACUGAGAGACUACAUAUGACCUCGAAUCCAGAUUUUUCUAGCCUCUAGCUUCACACUUCGUCCACGAUCUUUGGCCAUCAGAGACCAAUCAUCCAUCUUCCAUCCCUGUACAACCUUCGGCUGCCUGAUAUCAAACAUCAUCUUCCCCCGCUUACUCUCGCCAAAGCAAAAGAAGAAAAAUAGCCGCACAAUUGAUAAUGGAAGAAGAAAUCCUGUACGCCCAAUUCUGCCUAGAGCAACCACUUCUCGUUAAAAACGAUAGCGGGGGAACAAUUCUAGCUGUGGAAACCCAAAGAAAGAGCCAAAAUCGUUUUAUUUGCCAGGGGUCCGAUCUUGAGGUUUAAAAAGGUACGAACUGCGAAGUACUCCGUACUAAAUUACUAAAAUAUCAAAAAAUUAGAACCCGGGCCUGUAAGCUGGACAGGUCCAUGCCUGCUAAGGGUCUGUUUGCAACAGUUUCUGCUUUUAAAAAGUGUUUUUUUAAUGAAAUGAGGAGAAGUGAUUAAAUAAAAGUUGAUAGUGUUUGAGAAAAAAAUGAUUUUGAAAAGUAAAAGUGGGUAGUGUUUGGUAAAAUAAGUGCUUUUUGUGUUAUAGAAAAAGUAAAAACACUUUUGACGCGGAAGCCGAAAAAAAUAAAAAUUGUAGUGUUAGAGAAAAUAAAUGUUUUUUAAAGUAAAAAGCUUUUUAACAGCAGUUCUCAAACCAACCCUACCGCUGCCAAGGUGGUUCUUCACAUUUGAACGGACAAUUGGUUCAAAUUUGAAUCUCAGAGCGAACAAAUUAUCCCGCGACAAACACGUCGGUGGGCAACUUUGCCUUUUGCUUUCCGCAGUUUGCAAGCUUUCAUGCAAAAAUGGCGUCGUCUUUCAAGUACCCAGACAUCACCCGGUCAGAGAUCAUCGGAUAUCUAGCUCAUUUCGGGUUCGCCAGCAACGUCACGGAGCAGGACCUUCUCAAUCCAACUCGCGAACUCGUCGAAAAUAUCUACACUCACCUUCUCAACUACUUGGACUUGAUUCAGGAGGAUGAUGAGCAGGCGGAUUUUGCGGCCUUGGAAGUUUUUCACAACCCGGAUCUUCAUGUUUCUACGGUUCCUGUCAUGAAUUUACUUCACAAGAUGAGAGGGCUAUUGGCUGCUAUCGAUUGCCCCGGCCAGUUCACUCUCUGGGAUUUAAUUAAGCCCGACCCUGAUCGCACCAAGCUCUUUCUUGGUUCUCUUCUCAAUUUCUGCACUCACAGAACCAUCAAGAUGGAUGAACUGACAUCACUAGCGGGCGAGUUGGAUGUUUUUGUGGAGCAAAAACAAGCUCUAGAGGAAAAACUAUCUCAGCUGAAAGCAGAGAUUACUCAAUACAAUGAAUUAAGAGCAAGGGAAGCAGUCCUUGUGCAAGAAGAAGAAGCUAAAGUUAAGGAAUUGAAGCAGACUAUCGCUGGCCUCAACAACCAUCAGGUGUCCUUAAAGUCUGAAACAAGAAAGAUGAAGGAGAGGGCACAAGAGUUGGAUGAGAUGACUUCCAAAGUGGAGUUUGAACUGGUACAAAGUGCUCAAGAAAAUGCCCAUUUACGGUAUAAAAUUGUUCAAUCUCCGGACAAGCUUCAGCGGGCACUAGAGGAAAAAAAAUCUCAUCAAGUUGAGGCAAAGAAUGCAGAAAGGGCGGCAAUGCAAUCCUUUCAGGAUAAGAAUGCCACUCUUGAGUUGUAUACAAAGGCUCUGAAGAAAAUGUCUAAAAGCCUGGAGCAGAUGAAGGCUAUACAAGAGCAGGCAAAUUCAGUUAAAUCAGUAGAAAAGGAAAUAAAGGCUCUCAAAUGUAAGCUGGGUGAAGAUGAAGUGUUAGACAAAUCACUUGACGCUAAAAUGGUAGAAAAGCAAGGGAAAGCGGACCAACUGGAUGAAUUGAAAAAGAAAGUAGAGAUAGAAUGCACACUCGCUCGUGAGGAGGCAACAAAGGAGCUAAACAAUGUGAAGUCUCAAGUUGAAUCAACAAGGCAUGGCCUUCUGUUGCGGAAAAAGCAGGUUGAAACGGUCAUUGCUGAGGGGGAUGCUGUUAAUGCAAAGAUUAUUUCAGUAGGAGAGAAUGCAGAAUCCCAAUGCCAACAGUUGAAACUUAAACAUGAGGAGGUUACCAAAGAGUUUCUUGUGUACUCUAACAAAGUUGGCGACGUGUUGAAGCGCUAUAGAGUGGACCCACCCACCCAUCAGUAAUUCACAAUGCAACUGAUUGGCCAAAACAGAAGGGAAAUUGCCCUAAAUAGAACUCUAAAAAAGUUUGUGUAUUCCAAAAUAAGACGGCCGUGUUUUUAUUCCCUAAAUAGGAUUAAUUACUUUAAUGCUUUGUUAGUACCAGAUUAUAAACAUGUCAGUAUUUUCCAAACUUGACAGUACUUUAUCCUAUUUUGGGAAUAAAAACAUGACAAUUCUAUUUUGGAAUUCUCAUACGUUUUAGUCCUGUUUCGGGAAUAUUCGCAAUAGGGAAUUGCUCACGUCUCCAAAUUUGGGAAUUUUUAGCGUUACAUGUGGUACAUUGUAGAUGCUUAUGUUAAGCUCAAUUCAGUUAAAUUAACCCCAACAUAUAGAUGCUUUCCGUUUAGACAUCUAUAUAUGCCAAAUUAUGACAACAUUUAUGUCUAGACAUAUAGAUGUUCCUAAUUAACCCCAACAGUUAAGCUCAAUUCAUUUAGUUGUCAC